AUGGUUCUCGAGACUCCCUUACUCAGAGUCAGCCGUCCCGUCGCUGCCUGUUCGCGAUGUAGGUCUGCGAAGAUCAAGUGCGACGGCAAACUUCNNCCAUCUGGCAAACAAGCCGAGUGCUCAAGCACCAGCGACCAGUUUGCCAGAGGUAAAGAGCGAAGCUACGUCGCUACUUUGGAAACAAGGAUAGAAAAGCUUGAGCGCAGACUGCAAGAGUCUCAACAUAGGAAAGCCUCUGUUGUGCCCCCACACAACAACGAUGGUGCUGUACAGAGACAAGCUCCUUCCGAAGGGCUCACCAGAACUUCCAAGAGGCUCGAAGCUCAAGAAAUCGAUGAUCUCGUGUCUGACUUUGGCUACCUCACUGUAAAUGCAACCGCGCGAGAUUUCUACGGAUUUACAUCGAGCAUGUCCUAUGCUCGCAUGGUACUCUCGGCUUGCACCAAGGACACACUCCCUUCUGGUUUUGUGACUCCACUACCGCCUCGAAACGAGGCCAUAAUCACCAUCAGGCAUUAUUUCGAAAACUUCUUCGUUAUGUACCCGUUCUUUGAAGAGUCGAGUUUCUACGCCUCAAUCGAUGCUGUUUAUAACUCGGAGACCUCUAAAACGUCCACAGCAACACCGUUUGACCACUUUUCUGUUAGACUGGUACUAGCAAUCGCGCAUUCUGGACGAAUGGAGCAACGAGGCGACGGCAACUACAUGGCGGCAAUAGGACAUGUUUCUGCUGCCUUGGUCCAUGCUGAACACGUUCUUCGUCCUGGAUCUAUCGCAAGCGUCCAAGCAAUGCUGCUGCUACACGAGUAUUCUAUGAUCGAUCCUCACCAUUUUGACAGUUGGGGCCUUAUAGGUGCAGCUUCGCGCGCCAUGGUUGACUUGGGCCUACAUCAAGAUCCUCCUCGAAGCGCUUCUAUCUCCAAAGCGAAGCUAGAGCUAAGGAGACGAGUUUUCUGGUGUGUUUACGGUUUCGAUCGGUCGACGAGCCUAAUCCAAUCACGAGCCUUUUCGUUUUCGGACGAUUCUACCAACGUUGCACUGCCUUUUUCUGCAGCGCAGACGUUGGUAUCGCCAGAUGCCAAAGACUCGAACCACAUUCUGUUCAAAAGUUUCGGUUCAGCGAUUGACCUCUUCAAUUUACGACGGAUACAGUCAAAUUGGUACACCGAGUUAUUUCAAUCAGGACGAAUACCUUUGUCGGACCCUUACCCAAUCAUAUGGCGUUCUUGCGAAGCGAUGAGGAACUGGUUCGCUGGACUGUCCCCGAGCAUGAGUCCACAAGUUCGCACCUUCUUCGAGCUCAACUUGCUCUACUCCUACAUCUAUAUCCUCGCCGCAUCACCACGGAUGCCAUUUGUUGCACCAUUUGCGCAAAGUCUUAUCUUUGAGCAUUGCAUCCAAUACGCAGAGAAGAUGACAUCUCAUGCGAAUGAGCGCGUCAAGACGGCUCCAUUGAGCUUUUACGAUGCGAUGCGAGUAUACAUGACUGGUCGUCAGUUUAUCGAGGUGUUACAAGGCAACGAAGAUAGGCUCUUAUCGGGCAUCAUCCCGGAUCCACCACUUGUUCCUGUCGAUUCAGCGCCACCGCCGCCAGCACCUCACACACCCCGGGAUUUCCAAAAGAACCUCAUGCGAAGUAUCACCUGCAUAAAGCGUCUGACAGAUUGUCUUGGGUUGUUCGGAUUGCGAUGGGGAUACAUGAGUUGGCGUGAUCGCUUCCAACGUGACUCCGAGAGUCUUUUGUCCUCUCUGAACCAGCGUGUAUGGAAGAGGCAGGACUCCUCGAACGUCCCUGCUCGACCUGUCUGGAACUUUACCGACUCUAUUGGUCCUCUUACGGAGACUGUCAUUCCCCCUCCUGGUCCGCAUCAACAUCUUCAACCGCUUAUCACUCCAACCUACCCUCCGGAGUUUCAGCAGAGUACUGAGUUCUAUCAAUCCCACUACAACAGCGUUACUCCUCAGACACUGCACCAGUAUCCAGCAUGGCAUGGGCAUGAGACGCUCGGCCCAAUCGGCGACCAGCAAGAGCAGCUUGGCCCAACGCAAGCCCGACCUUAUUGA